GCCGCUGGGGUGAGCCCCCCUGGGCAGCCGCCACAGGCCUUGGCUCACUAAGCCCCCUGUCCCCGCAGGGCGCAGGGCCAACUGGGCACUCACCAUGGCUACAGCACGGCUCGUCACCUGGGGGCUGCUCAUGGCUGCCAGGGUCCCCGCUGGGGCCUGGGGGACCCUGCCAGCAGGGUUGUCCUCAGGUGGGACCCUGCAGCAGGGCAAGGGCCCCCUGCACGGCCCUGUCUGGGAGGCAUCGGGGGAGCCAAGCGGUGCUGAGGCCCCCGGGAGCGAGCGCUGGGGGGGCAGCAGCCCCAUGCGCUGGUCCCCACCGCCACAGGCUGGGGAUGCCACCGGGUCACCCCUGGGGAUGGAAACCACCAUGGCAGGCGCUGGCACCGAGGCCUGGCGGGACAGAAGCACAUCCCUGGCUGUGGCGGAGAAGCCCCUCAUCACCUGGCAAGGACACGAGGCUGAAGGCCAGGACAGCUCCCAGGGGGGGAACUGGCUGCCCCACGACUCUGUGCUGGGGACACCAGCCCCCGAGGUGCCCACAGAUAUGCGGCCGGUCUCCCUGGGGACACCCUGGGCAGGGCAGGGCCUGUCCCCAGCCAGGCAGAGGGCCACCGGGCCAGCCAGCACCCCUAGCCAUCGUCCAACUGUGUCCACCAUCACCCUGACCCCCGUGCCAGCAGCGUGGACAGAGACAGGGACAGCAGACACCCACACAGGGGGACAGCCAGCAGCAGGGGGACCCAUGGCAUCCCUGGGCCUCCCUCGGGGUGCACAGCUCACUCUGGCCAGCAGCCAGCUAGUCCCUCUGGGCACUGUCCCCAUCCCCCACGCCACAGGCACAGGGCCAGCCCAGGGUCCCCACACCAGCCUCAGCUCUGUGUGGCCAGUGGGCAGACAGGAGGGCCUGGGAGGGUCCCCCAGCCCCUCCCUGGCUUUGCCCAGCUCUGCCACACAACUGCCACCCGCAGCCCCUUCCUGGGGGCUGGCUGAGCCGUGGACCCAGGUGCUCCCAGCCCACCAGCGCAGCACCCGGAGGGCCCUGCUCAGCCGCGCCACUGCCAGCCCUGGGGACGAAGCCUCUCGCAUGGACACCAGGCCAACAGGGCAGUGGGGACCCCAGCUUGCCCCGGGGGGUGCCUUUGGCACCAGCCCGGCACCGCUGCCUGCCUCCAGCACAGUGUCCCCCAGCACCCCUGGCACAGGGCUGCUGCCCGAGGAAGACGUUGGCUCCCCGCAGCGGGUCCGGGGUGCCAUGGGCCUCGUGACUGCCCCAAACACCACCGAGGCUGCCCCACAGCCAACAGCACAUCCCACCACAGGGACGUCUGGGACCAGGCGCUCAGACACCCCGGGGACGCAGCCCCACACCCAUGGCACCGCAGCCCCCUCGGCCACGUGGCGGCAGGCAGGGGUGACGUCGCAACCGGCCCCCUGGCAUCCAUCCACGCGGCAGCCACAGCCCAGCCACCCACCAGCACCGGAGGCCAACGGGACUGGGCUGUGCUGGGCUGAGCUGCGGCGCCGGCUGGGCUUCGCCUGGGAGGCCCACGUGUAUGGGGUGGCCGCCAUCUUCCUGCUGCUGGCACUGGGCUGCCUGGCUGGGCUGGUGGGGGCAGCCGCCCUGCAUCCCCCUCACCUGCUGCACAUUUUAGGGGCCCAUGGGUUGCUCCUGGCCGCCUGCUUGCUGCGGGGCACCUUCCUGCUGCUGGACCCCUACGGAGCGCGGGGCCGCCUGCCCCCCCGGGCCUUGCUGCUGCUCAGCACAGUCCCCUUCCCCCUGCUGCUCGCCGCUUUUGCCCUCCUGCUCCAGCGGCUCCAGCGCCUGGCCCAGCUCUGGCUGCUGCCAACCCAGCUCCGGGGUCUGCCAGCGCUGGGGGCUGCCGCCGCGCUGCAGAGCACAGUGCUGGGGGCCGCCGACCUGCUCCCACCCCGACUGGGCCCCACCGCUGGGCUGGGGCUGCAGGCACUGGGCUGUGGGGCUGGGGCCCUGCUGCUGCUUGGAGGGCUCUGGGGGUGCUGGAGGGUGCUGCGGGCACCCCAGGAGGUACCAGGGGGUGGUAGGGAGCCGGGGCUGCAGCGGGGGGCCUGGGUGCUGCUAGUGGCUGUGGUGGCGGGACUGCCGGUCUGCGGGCUGCAGCUCUACAGCACCCUGUGGCUGCGGGGGCUCCUGGGCCCCCCCGCACGCUUCUCCCAGUCUGGCUGGGCAGCACAGCUGUGGUUGAGGGUUGGCGAGCUGUGCACAGCGCUGGCACUGCUGGUGGCUGCCGCUGAGCCACUGUGCUGCAGGUGCCGCCGCCACCCCACCGGCCACUCCUGCUGGGCCAAGGCGCUGCGGUACUUCUGUGCCAGCCACAAAGUUGAGGCACCUGAGUACCCCAACAACUGCUACGACUGGGCUGGCGGCAGCAAUGGCCCUGAGCGGGCACCCACCAGCGACAUCUCCAAAAGCCUCAUCCGCAACCCAGCGGAGCAGCUGCCCCUGCGGGCACUCAAGGACAGCAACGAGGCCUGGGCGGCUGCUGCUGGCACCACUGGGACACCGGGGCUCAGCCCCAAAUGUCCCAACGCGGUGGCCGCCCGCUCCUGUGUCGCCUUUGAGCAGGGCUCAUCCCCCUCACUGGGAGAGCUGGCCUUCCGCCCGCCAUCCCCCAUUGACCUGCGCCGCAGUAUCGACCAGGCGCUCUGCCACCGGCACCUCCUGCAUGAUGGCCUCUUUGGCCGGCCUCGCCGUGGCUCUGGCACCUCGCUGCAUGGCUCCCUGACACCCACCGAGACCCCUGGCUUAGGGCGCAUGGUGCGGUGCAGCUCGCUGACGGAGCUGCCCGGCCCCAAGCAACCCCUGGGCACCAUCACCGUCACCGUCACCGCCUCAACCAGCUCGCUGGAGAGCAGCUCGCUGAAGAUCAGCUGGAACCCCUGGCGCCAUGGGAUGUCCUCACCUGACAGCCUGCCCCUGGAUGAGGCACCUAGCCGUGCCCCCCUCCUGGUGCCCGCCAUCCCCCCUGGCUUGGAGCACGAGGGCCACCGCGGUCUCCCGGCCCUCGGCAAGGCGGUGGACACCCGCAGCCUCUCCAGUGACACCAUCGAGCUCUGAGCCAGGGAGAUAUGGGGAUGGCAGAGACUGAGUGGUACAGGGACAGGCCCAGUGGGGGGCAAGCCCAGUGUGGGGGUCCAGGGGCCUGAUCCUGUGCCCCUGCAGGGCCGGGCAGGAGGGGGGAGCUGGGCUGGGCCAGCUCUGCUUGUGCCAA